AUGACUGUUGUUGCCCCAAUUCAAGACCUGGUUCCCGCUCCUAAUCCUUCCAUCAUCACAAUGUCGACCAUCCUCUUGACCAAAGACACUUACCUUCUCAAUGUCGCUGUUCAAGAUAGCUCUACAAAUCUGGCCGCGCUGCACACUGAUGCAGAAUUACGGGUUACAAACCCACGAGGUCGCAAAAAACCCACUCGCACAGGACCUGUGGACUCCAAUUUCUUGACUGGUCACGGGAACGUGAAGAAACGUGGCAGUGGCGGAGGUAAGAAGAGGAAGGAGAUAUCGGAGAAUGACUCUAUAGCUACUGGGGGUGGCUCUUCGAAGCAAAAGAAAAUGCAGGCGCUUCUAGCGACCGGCUCUGAUUCUAGUACUCAAGGAGAGGCAGGAUCGACAGUGUCGUCCUCUUGA